GCGGGCCAAUCGUGCUGGAACCGCCAAGCGCUCUCUCAUCGCGCCACGGUUCUCGCUCACCAGGAGAGUCCGAGUCGGCGGCGAUGUUUUUCCUCCCGUGCGUACCCACAGUUCGGGUUCAGGGUGGUUUUCCGAGACUGCUUCAGUUCAUGGUUGACAUCCGCUGCUGCUGGUGGUUGCGGUGAUUUUUAGUGCGAGCGUGAUUUCCACCAACCGCAGUCCUACUAGUGGCAGUUCGUAGAGUUCGUCCGUUCAAACGACAUGCAAGAUGGAGGCAUUAAGUGUGUAAGUGUGCGUGUAGUGGAAAGAAUAAAUAUGGAGCAAAAAUUUUACGACCAUUGUUUGUGAUUUAUGGUGCAUGGGGAGGUUUGGUUAACUUUCAACCUGUUGCACCUGCUGUUUGAUGUGGUCUGGGUGGUUUUUCCGAUGUUCGUUGAAUUUAAUAUUGAAGCCAAUAGAGUGAUCGCUAAUAAUAUGUGAAGCUUACUCUUGAAGAAUACUGGAAGUUAAGAUGAGCUAGGGAAAUUGGCCAUGUGUUUGAGUGGGGUGUGUGUGUGUGUGCGCGUGCCUGUGUGAGCGUCUGUAGCUGUGCAGUGUUAAGUGAGAAGAAAACAAACAAAUCUGACCGAACCGACAACUCAAUCACAAUGGUAAGCGAGAACUACACGCUGAUGCUGAUGGAUGCGACGAAUCGGUACAAUCUGUCUGCGUUCAGUACCGACGCCGGUCCAACCAUGUCGCACGAGGACGAGACGGAGAUGAUCGUGUCCACGAUAGUGGCGAUCUUUUUCGGCUUUAUCGGUAUUACUGGGCUGCUGGGGAAUGCGCUCGUCGUGCUGGUUGUGCUGUCCAACCCACAGAUGCGCUCGACGACCAACCUGCUUAUCAUCAACCUGGCGAUCGCGGAUCUGCUGUUUGUCGUGUUCUGCAUUCCGUUCACUGCCACCGACUACGUGCUUGCGUCCUGGCCGUUCGGCGAGCUAUGGUGCAAGAGCGUCCAGUACCUGAUCGUCGUGACGGCACACGCCAGCAUCUACACGCUCGUGCUGAUGUCCCUGGAUCGGUUUCUCGCCGUGGUUCAUCCGAUCGCGAGCAUGGUCAUACGCACGGAGCGGAAUACCGUGCUGGCGAUAACGAUCCUCUGGGUGCUGAUCAUCACCACCGGGCUACCGGUGUCGUUUGCGCACGGAAUCAAUAAAUUCAAAUACCAUGACCGGGAGAUAGAAACAUGCGGCUUCCUCGAAAAGGAUAGUCCCUCCUGGGCCGCCUUCCACAUCGCGUUCUUCCUUAGCUCCUACGUGGUCCCGCUCAUACUGAUCAGCGUCCUGUACAUGUGGAUGUUGUCCCGGCUGUGGCGAAGUUCGGUCGGCGGUCGUUCGGCCGAAUCGAAGAAGGGCAAAAAGCGCGUUACCCGGCUGGUGGUGAUUGUGGUGGCAGCGUUUGCUUCAUUAUGGUUUCCCAUACAGGUCAUCCUGGUCCUAAAGAGUGUGGACGUCUUUAAACCAGACACGCAUUUUAAAAUUUCACUACAAAUCGUCUCGCACGUGCUGGCAUACACGAGCUCCUGUAUAAACCCGCUGCUGUACGCGUUCCUGUCCGAAAACUUUCGGAAAGCAUUUCGUAAGAUUGUUUACUGUGGACCGGGGAGCCGUCGCCAGGGCAGCCAGCGACAUAUGCCACUGCCAACGAAAACGACGCGAACCGGCAGCUGUCCAGACAUUUUAUAACCGGAAACAAUGGAGGAAACGUCCGUCACCUUCGUUUAAUACAUUCUUUGUUUUUGCACAGUGCAGCCCAGAGUCUCCUUUUUAUCCUGUCCUCGACAGAUCAUCAGCACAGCGGCACAAGCUUCUACGAAACGGUUCGCCAAAUGGCUUAACAGUGAUGGAAACCGAACCAACCAAUCGUUACCAUAAUCACUCUCAUCAUCAUCUUCAUUAUGAGUGGUAGUAAUUAACAGAUCGUUUCGUACCGUAUGGUGUGUUUAUCAUAAUGGACUCAAUUUGCAGGUCCAGUUUAAUGUCCUACUUUAUUAAAUUUCAGCUGUAUUGUAUGAGGGUGCGCUUGAUCGAUACAAUACUGUGCUUUACAAGUUUGUUAUGUCAAGGUAAAAACGUAUAACAGAUUCAAAAUAAACAAUUUUUUUCGAGGCAAAACUUUAUCUUCUGCCAGCAAUGAUCGUAUCAAGCGCGUGUAAAUGACAGGGUUCAGUUCGACUGUGGCAGACUAGCACAACGAUUUGCAUUAGCUCGAAAGCAGUAUAUGGUUAGAGAAAAAACAAAUCAGCCACUUUAUUCGUGAUCGCGCAAACCCCUUCGUUGUGUUAUAUUUUUUAUGAAAACCAGAACACGCUUUCACAAUUUUACAUACUUUUAACGCGCGCUGUCGAGAGCCGUUUCUCCUUCGUGGUCGGUUACAAGAAUGAAUAUCAUUAUGGCAGCUUAUUCCCGCGAUCUAAUUCCCUACCAAUACACACAAAAACAGCACCUGUCAAUCGUUUCGUUUAUCGGUGAAACGCAUAUGCAAAUAACGCAAGUGAAAUAUUUCACUCGGAACUAUGGUAUAUUUAAAAACAUGAAACGUAAACAAUUCGAGUUGUUUCCUAUUGUUAUUAAACGUUGACACUAAUGCUUGACAAACAAUACUGAAUGGUAGUGGUUGGUACGUGUACUAGGGAACAAAACCAAAAUCUAAUAUGAAACAGAGCUUCACACAUCUUAAAAGCUGUGUGGUACAAUUAAGCUGUGCAUGUAUAGCGUAACUGGCUGUGUAAUGUAUAGCGUGGCCGGUCUCGUAGUACAGUCGUCAACUCGUACGACUUAACAACUUGCCCGUCAUGGGUUCAAUCCCCAAAUAGACCGCGUCGCCAUACGUAGGAAUGACUAUCCUGCUAUGGGGGGAAUCAAUUGGUCACUGAAAGCCAAGCCCGCAAGUGGGUACAGACAGGCCUUGACCGACAUCGGUUGUUGAGCCAAAGAAGAAGAAGUAUAGCGUAACACGCACUAAUGAUUCGUUGCUUGCUGUGUGGCUUUGCUUUCAAACGACUGAUGCUGGACAAAUGAGCCCCACCGGUGUUCUGCGAAGAUCAAGUGCAGGAAUGGUUUGUGUACACGUAUGAAAAUAACAAACAGAGAAGUAAAAGUAAAGGAAACCAUGAUUUCCCAUGUUUCAUUCGCGCAUGGCACUCUUGUAGGAGCACCUGUGCUGCUUACGCCAUGUUUUGUUUGCACGUGAUGACUGCCAAAAAUCGAUUCGGAUUUGUUUCGGGUCACCGUUUGAGUUAAGUACGUGACAUCAAUCAAACCAAGCGUACUAGCGGAUCACAACACCAUUCCGAUACACGUGUUGGCGCGUUGUUCCGUGAUAAACUGCCCUGCACAGUCUCGCUAUACGGACGGAGAAUUGUGUCGCAAACAACGCCAGCCAAAAGGGGUACCAGAUUGUAUGCUGAUGCUCUCUGCAUUCCUCAUUUGUGCAAAGUUCAUGCUGGAAUUUGGUCGGCACCACUUUUAGGUCUCUAAAAAGCGCCCCGAUUCGCGCAUUGUGCUGCUCGCUAAGCAAAGGCUGUCACAAAGCUAUUUUCAUCAACAUCGCCAUCGUCAUCAUGAACAUCAUCAUCAUCCGCAUACUGUUCACCGUUUGGUUUUGCAGAGUGAGGAAUUUUGGGAACUGCGGCGACAGUUUGCUAUAAAAGUUCCUUCUCACCAUUCGGGCGCACAUUGGGUAACGGACGCAUCGAAAGAAAGACGCGGAGGAUGGUGGAGCACGCCUGGUUCGGUGGUACGCGAACGUCAUAAAUCACUCCUUACUGUACUCAAAAAUACCUAUAUCAACACAUCACCAUGUGCGUCCCGAGAAUGGAAAAUUAUACCGAAAGCCGCUUGCAAAACGUGGGCCCAUGCUUGUAUAGCUGUACUUGUAGGAGCGUGAACUUUCCCAUCCAUCAGCAAACCAAACAGUGGCGUAAAUAUGUGUCAUUCGAUGAACAAAAACGGAAUGUACGUAAAAUCCCUCAUUUAUUCUGCACGACACAAAAAAAGAAAACUCCAAACAACCAUGUGCUUUCCUGUCGUUUUGUCGUUUGUUUUGCUAUCCUUUGCAGCUGCUGCGUGGUACUUCCUUUUAUAGCAAACUCUAAUUAGCAAACCAUUUCACUGCACUUCUUUUCACGGAACAUCACUCUUUAAGCCUCCGAUUGAAAGCAAAAGCCACACUGAAAUCAACGGGGUAGAUUCAUCAGUGCGACAGUGGGUAGUGCGUUCGGUAAAAGUACUAAUAAGAGUUUUUGUUACGCUUUUCAAAUGGAAAGCCUAGCAGAACAAAAAACCUGAUGCGGCAAACGAGUGUGUACAAAAGUAUCUACAGUAUCCGAGCCGAAUGUCAAUGUUAGGUUAGCGCUGUACGUAAAUUACACUGCUGUACACGAAGCUACUGAUUAUAGCGUUCGAGGUAAAAAGCAGCGCGUGCGUGUGGACGGAGUGAUAAAACUUCAGUCAAUACGAUCAGUUCAGAGUGCGAAACAGGAGAACUUUUGCGAAAAUAUGUCCGAACGAAAAUUGUAACUUAAAUAAUAUAAAGUAUAGUAUAGUGUCUCAAAGGAUGCAAAAAGGUAAGGUUGCGGGUUAAAUGGUAACAUACGAAGUACCAAAUUAAAAUAUAAUGAAACGUCGGUCAUGGCUUUGAACAAACAAUUGAACGUAGGAGAAAGGGCUUGAUGAAAUUGGACAUGAUUAUUGAAUCUAUUUUUACGCACUGGUAGUACGAAAAACAUAAAAAACCGAUUGCCCGAAAGCUGUACCCACUUCAAACGGCACAAUGAUUGUAAAGAUAUUGCAGGACGAGCAGAUUCGAGGAUUACGGGCGGAUGUGUGUACACAGGCACUCCUCGGUAUCCACCCAUGCAUCCCAAUGGUUUGAUAUGAGUCAGUAAAGCAAAACUUUAUCAAUUUAACGCAAGGUUAGCAUGUAACAUAGCUGGCAGCUGUUGGGUUUUGUGGUUGAAGCGCUUCAACGACUAUCAUACAGGGGGUGAACAGCAAGCGAGGAAACUAAACAUCACUUACACUCCUGUUUUAUCCAAUGUACGGCAGCUCUAUUGAACGUGUAAGUAUGUGAUGUUAAAAUUGAACGGAUAAUACAAAAAAGAAAAACGUUGGAAGGAAACAAAAAAAAACAAACUAAACGAUAAAAACGAACGUCAAAACGCAAUCAAAUGUCCAACCACAGUGCGUAAAAGGAGAAUGGUGUGUGUUUUGUUUGAGGUUUUUUGAGAUCCUCUUUUUAGUUUACAAUAGUACGCAUGAAUAUGCUUGCAUCAUCACCACAACAUAAACCAUUCAAAACGAAUGUAUUCGUUGUGGUUUGUGUUUCAAAAGUGAACAAUAAAAACAAUUUUAAAGCACAAUACUUCAGUAGACAAGGCAAAAGCAAACAAAACUUGCUUACUAAAAGCGCUUUGCUUGUAUUUACUUAACGAGUCGUGGGAAAUCAAUUUAGGUUUCAAUUCUCUCAGUUUAAAAGCAACCGUACAGCGUCUGAACAAUUGGACAAACGAUUCGAUAGAGAAACAAAUUGCUUUCUUAGCCAAGUCAAGCCAGUGUACGAUAAACAAUUUUUAAAGUCUAUCCAACAGUUGAAACAAUAAACAUUUGCCCGAAAAGCAUCACGAUCGGUUUUGCUGUUUCGCA